CUGACCGGUGACUUCGCUGAUGCAGUCCACAGGUCAUUUAAUGACCGCAAGCUCGCAGCAAAAGCAUACAAAGAAUGUAAACGGACCGGGGUCCUUGACAUCUUCAAGACACCGUCGUCGCCCAAGGAGAACCUCAUCCUCAUCAAAGGAGAGAAUCCAGGGGUAUAUAAUCGAUAUACCCUUAUGAAACAAGGGCUUCGUUGGCAUGGUGGGAAGGUCAUUGUUCAUAUUGGAACUGCCUACGACGCCCAGCAGAUGUUUCUUGCGUUGGAAAGGGAGGGUAAGACGAUGAAGCUUCCAAAG